AUGAUGUGCUGUUGGUGGCGUAUGCUACGGAUUUCAUGUACUGAGAAACAUACCAAUGAUUCUAGACUAAAGGAGCUGAAGAUCAAAGACAGACUGUCCACAGUAUGUCGCCGGCGAAUCUUAAAAUACCUUGGACAUACCACAAGACGAGAUGGCCGACAAUUUCGAGAAACUGAUAGUACAGGGAAAGGUGGAAGGAAAACGACCAAGAGGCAGGUCACCUUAUAUGCGACGAAUUACGUGACCACCGUUGAUAAAGUUAUCAUUGUUCCAGGAAACGUUUUCGUAAUUGCGGCCAUUUUAUUGGAACGAAAUCUACAAAACGUGGCCAACUACCUAAUACUCUCAUUGGCCGUUGCCGAUCUGCUCGUGGCAUGCUUAGUUAUGCCCUUGGGAGCCGUAUAUGAGGUCAGUCAGGAAUGGUCAUUGGGUCCUGAACUUUGCGAUAUGUGGACUUCGAGCGACGUUCUGUGCUGCACUGCAAGCAUUCUCCAUUUAGUCGCCAUCGCACUUGAUAGAUACUGGGCAGUAACAAAUGUCGAAUACAUUCACCAUCGUACAUCCAAACGAAUAGGCAUUAUGAUUUUCUUCAUUUGGACUGUAUCAUUUCUGGUGUGCAUUGCGCCAUUGCUUGGUUGGAAAGACCCGCAAUGGGAGGACAGAAUACGGGAUAGGAAAUGCCUAGUGAGUCAAGAUCUGUAUUACCAAAUUUUCGCCACAGCCUCGUCAUUCUACCUACCGCUACUCGUCAUACUGAUCCUGUACUGGAGGAUAUUUCAAACCGCCCGGAAACGCAUUCGUAGAAGACAAACUACCAAUACGGGCCAACAACCCGAGAAGAACCCCGCAGCUGGAGGUAUUGCAGGAGGGUUGGCUGCAGCAAGUGGCACAGGUGGCAUAGCGGCGGCGGUGGUCACAGUGAUCGGCCGACCUUUACCGACAAUCUCCGAAGCGACGACAACAACGGCCUUCACCAACGUCUCGUCAAACAACUCCAGUCCCGAGAAAACUUCUUUCGCCAACGGCCUGGAAGCCGAUCUACCUACGACCACGGACUGCAGCGUCACCUACCAACCGCAGUACCAUCCAGUAAAGCGAAAAGCUCGAGACGGUGUCGACUCGAAACGCGAGCGCAAGGCGGCAAAAACAUUAGCCAUAAUCACCGGCGCUUUUGUGCUUUGCUGGUUGCCGUUUUUCAUAAUGGCGGUGCUGUUGCCGAUCAAUGCGAAUCUAUUCGACAGAUAUCUGGUGUCGACGUUCCUAUGGUUGGGCUACUUCAAUUCGACACUCAAUCCCAUCAUAUAUACGAUAUUUAGUCCGGAGUUUCGACACGCGUUCAAGAAAAUCCUGUGCGGUAGGAACUACGCCAGACGGAACCGUCACUUUGGGGUGAGGAACUUUCAAUGAUGGCGGCAGAGUGGUCGCUUACCUUCGGACAGCGAACCUCCGGUCGCCGCGAGGUUGGCAGCGAUCGUUGCCGCACCGGCAGUCGGAACCAGUUCCAAAAACGUUACUUUCAAGUGUGACUGAUCCGAAGAUAAGAGGCCACGCAACGUGGUAUCACCUAUCGUGGACUUUGAAAGCAGCAGCAGCAACGAGAGGGUGGUGCUCGAAAUGAAAUCGAUAGCGUAGACCGAAUAUUUUUUUGCGUAAUGUUAGGACAAUGUACAUUGGAAAAUCUGAUGCUCUGCAUUUCUUGGAAUUGUAAAAAUGUAGCUAAAACUAUAGUGUAAACGACCAGACGUGUGAAAAUAACUGACAAUUUCAUUUGGGAAUCGAAAUAUGCUGUCCAAUUUUCCGCACCCUUCUCUAUGGAAUUAAUUAAUUAACGAAUUUAAUUAAUUUUCGAUUCGGUGCGUUUAAAUUUUUCUACUUGAUCCCAAUCGCCGAACGUUUGACUGUUUUUGAUUGACAUUGAAAAUUUUGCGAGAUAUCUCACCUAUCGGGUGAAGGACAACAUUGAUU